AUGGUCGAAGUGCUUCGCCACCGCUAUGCGGCCUUGCUGAAGGAGCUUUCGACGCGGGUGAUUCUCUACCAGACUUGGUCUGGUCCUUGGCCCGAGCGGAACGAGGUGGAGGAGUUGAACCGAACAGCUGAGGAGUAUUCGGCUGCGUUGCUGUCUGAAGGGGUAUCUGUGGUUCUCGCCAGGGUGGGACAUGCCUUUCUUCAAGUCCGAGCUGCAUCGGCUGAGAACGACCGCCUCUAUCCAGCUUUGUGGAAGGAUGACAUGGGCCAUGGAUCUGCGAUGGCAGGUGUCCUGGCUGCCGCAGUGAUAGUUCGAGUCCUAGGCUUGGAUGGAGAUCGGCCAUUGGGAAGGAUCCUCGAAGCAAUGCUACCAGCGGCAUGGCGAACAGCAAGUCCUGGCUUUGCAGGCCUUGCCGAGUUCGGCCAAAAGGGCUGGCGAGACGAGAGUAAAGGCACUACGGCGGAAGUCAUGCAUCUGCUGCGAGACACGGAGGACGACCUGCCACUCAGCAAAUACCCUCCCGGCAUGCGAACAGAGAAGCGGGACUUGGGUUUUCAUUUCGGUGACAUCCUCGCACGAUCGGCUCUCAAGGCUGCGGAUACAUGCGAAGUUGAUGUCCCGACUGCCCUUACAGGAGGAGCAGGCUACGCAGCACAGCCGGCGGCCGCUGCGCCUUCAGAUUCCACCAGCAAGCCGAGGAGGUGGAAGCGCUGA